AUGCAUACUCCAAUGCUCACUCCUCAGGCUGGGCUGACAGGAUUUCUGUUUAGAAUGGAGAGGUCAGUGGGCUUCAUCUGGACCCUCCUACUGAGUGCAGCAUCCCCUGGCUGUGGUGGUAUUCUCACAAAGCCUUCAGGGAAAUUCUCCAGCCCCAAGGGACCUACACACUCAAUACCUCUCAAGUGUGUUUGGUCCAUCCAAGUGGAAUUCUCUCACCGAGUCUCACUGGCUUUUCCUCACCUCAAUCUAAGCUGUGCCACUGAAUAUGUUGAAGUAUUUGAUGGGACCCCGACUUCCCGUUCUUUGGGGAAAAUAUGCAAUGGCCUCUACCUUACAUACCAAUCAUCUGCAAACAUCAUGACUGUAGUGUUCUCUAGAAACUCGAGCCACUCGUCUACUUGGUUUGAUGGUUAUUACUAUGCUGAGCUGGAAGCUUCUACAUUGAUCACAGUCCCAACAACUGCUCUACCAUGUGGAGGUUUACUCCUAAAGCCUAAAGGGACAUUUUCUAGCCCAUCAUAUCUGGAAAACUAUCCACAUAGUGUGCAAUGUGUCUGGGAGAUUGAAGUGCCAAAGACCUACCGGAUAAGCCUUACCUUGAAAACAUUUGAGGAUGAACACUCCCUUAGCUGUUCCUCGAGCCACGUUGACAUCUUUGAUGGAUCCCAGAGCUCAUCUGAUCUUCUGGGGCGUUUCUGUGAUACUUCCAAUGAGACAUUUUUGUCUCCUUCCAACAAGAUGAAAGUACAAUUUUCUAGUGACUCAUUUGUCACCAAAUCUGGAUUCCAGGCUUCUUAUUUUGCUCUUCCACGGGAUAAUAAUGACACAGCACUGUCAUGCACAGAAGAUCAAAUGUAUGUAGCAGUCAGUGAGCAAUAUCUGCAAUCACUGGGUUACAGUGCUGAGAACAUUUCUUUACACAACUCAUCCUGUGAGCCUGAAGUCAUCACAAACUACAUAAUAUUCAGCAUCCCCUUUAAUGGUUGUGGAACUGUCAUACAGGAAAAAGAUGACACCAUCAUCUACUCCAAUUUGAUUUCCACGAACCAAUUCAACAGAGUCAUUUCCAGGCUAAAGAACUUCCACUUACAUGUCUCCUGCAGAAUGAAUAAGCAUAUCACGGUAGAAGUCAAAUACUUGACAGAUGACGCCAUUGAUAUUGUCAGACAUCAAUAUGGCCAUUAUCGCCUGAAGGUCUCAUUUUAUGAAUCGCCAUUAUUUGAACAUCCAGUGAUUGAAUCCCCGUACUAUGUACAACUCAACCAGGAUGUUUUCUUUCAACUCAUGCUGAGCCACUUUGACCCAAAUCUGGCACUUUCUGUAGAUACUUGUGUGGCCUCUCCCUAUGCUGAUGAUUUUAAAACUGUGACCUAUGAUUUAAUUCGACAUGGAUGUGUGAGAGACCCCACCUACACUGCUUACUCUUCUCCAAACCCAAAUGUUGUCAAAUUUAAGUUUAAUGCCUUCAAGUUUCUUAAACAGCAUGAUGCUGUUUAUCUGAAGUGCCAAAUGUCCAUAUGCAGAGCAGAUGAUCCCCCCUCUCAGUGCCUACAAGGCUGUACACUCAGAUCUAAGCGAGAAACACACCCUGAGUGGGACAACUUGGAUGUUGUGGUGGGACCAGUUCGUCUCCGGAGGGAAACAUCUCUGGAAAAAAGAUCUGCUAUAAUCAGUGGAUCCCCUCAUGAAAAUGGAAUCAGAUACAGUUUCCUUCUUGUGACCACAGUGAUGCUGGGAAUUAAAAUGUGUUGCUUCUGAAAAAAAAUCAUUAAA